AUCUUCUAUUGCUAUUUAUUUCUAAUUAGACUUUUUCCAUUUCGCUUAUAAAGUUGACUCCAUCCUCCAAAUAGAACUUCAUCUCCAUCAGUACCUUCACGGCCGACGUCUACGACAAAGUCAUCUCAACCUCCCACCGUCUCUUCUUUAAAUCCUUCACUCUUUCAAAUCUCCCCCCACCAAAUCCCACCUCUCUCUCUCUCUCCGGUUGGAGUUGUGCCCUGAGUUCGAUUUGAAUUGCUAUCAUACCUCAUAUUGAAAGAGUACGUACGAUCUUAUACGUACAUUCAACUUUUUGCAACGCAAAAAUAUGGGCAACUAUGUCUCUUGCACGCUGGCCGGCGCCCCAGGAGGAAAGCAUUCUAGAGCCACAAAAGUGAUCUUUCCGGGCGGCGAAAUUCGACAAUUCCGUGAACCCAUCAAGGCGGCCGAACUCAUGCUCGAAAUCCCGAACUUCUUUCUCGUAAACUCAAGUUCUCUCCACAUCGGACGGAGGUUUUCUGCGCUCAACGCCGACGAAGAUCUAGAGAUGGCCAACGUUUACGUCAUGUUCCCCAUGAAGAGAUUGAGAUCUGUCGUGUCAGCUGCAGACAUGGGCGUCUUGUUCCUCACCGCGAACUCCAUGGCCAAGAACAGCGUGUCCGGGGGGAAGGUUAGGUUCUUUCUUGAGUCUGGGAACGCUCCAAAUAUGGUGGAGGGAAGAACAACCGAUGAAAGGAUGGAAAACGAGGCAGCUCAUCAUGUGGAGGUGCCAAAGUUAAAUUUGGAUGAUAUCGAAGAGUUCUCGACACCGGAGUUCAUGCAUAGGCUGUCCAUGUGCAGGUCAAAGAAACCAGUGUUAGAUACCAUAGCAGAAGAUCAGCCAAUUUAUUCAUCCUGAAUUAAUUAAUAGAUGAUUUUAUGUGAUAUAAAUGUUAAUUACAUGGGGGGAAUUUGCUGGCAACUACAGUAUUAAUAUUCUAAUUUGUUGCAAGGUAGCUAUAGGUUAUAGAUCAUCGAUCGAUCUGAUCUAGAUGUAUGAGAUAUAUACAUUUCGUUUUAGGAAUCUGCUAAUGUGGGUUUAGUGUACGUUAAUUCCUGUCUUGACAACAAUUGCAUGCAGAGUUGCUGGAUUGGAUCGGAAAUAUUUUACAUGGGCUGAUGAUCUCCAGUGGAGAUCCCAAGUUGUACAUGGAUAGAUGAUCAAGAUCUUUAUGAUCUUGAUCUUGUCAUGGGUAGGGUAUAUGAAUGCUAUUAAGUUAGAUGACGUGUGUUAACUAGAAUUAAUCAACGGUUGUAUGAUUCAAAUUGCAC